UUUUCAGUGAGUUUGAAGCUUUCGUCGUGAACGGACGUUUUCCUCCUUGAGAGCGUAGGGUUGUAGUCUUGCGAGAGUGAGCGGACGUUGUUAGGUGUUGUUAGGAAACUCUCGCUGUCAGUAGUUGUCGGUUGUCGGGAAAUUCGUCAAUCCUGAUCCACGCGCGUGUGGUGAGGAAAAAACAGUUUUUUUUUCGAAACGCGCGAUUGAUAGUUUUAAUUCGCGUAUCGGUGUGCUGUUUUUUUGCGUUAGUUUUGUGUUGUUGUUUUGUGACCCAUUCACCGCUUGACGUAGGUGGAAGAGCUAUACAGUGUGUGCAAAUAAUAUGCCUCGGUAACUCAAUUGAUGGCGGUGGUGCAGUUCUGCUCCGAAAUCAUAAAUCAAAUCGGAGAAAGAGGCAAGCAGAAGUAUAAUGUGUCGAUUUCUUCGCGCUAAAGCUUUUCGUUUCGUAUUUCGUGCAGAAUCGGGCAUCUACAAACAAACUUCCAUACGUACCUCUCUACCGUCGCCACCAGCUUGUGCAGUUCAACUCGAUUCGGUCCGGUCCAGCAAAAAAAAAAAGAAAACCGAUGAAAACUGAAUCGGAGAAAUAAAGGCUUCGGAAAAAUAAAGGCACCGGAGCGAGAGUGAUAUGUUGUGGCCGUGUGUGAGCGGCUCCAAGGAAAAUACGAAAGAAGAGAUUAUAAUAAUGAUGGAAAAAUUAAAAUAAAAUGCAAUUAUGAUAAUAGCAGAAAACGCAAACGAAGAAAAAUAAAGCGAAUAAAAACUGAACGACGACGGUCUGACGGUUUCGAUGUGUGAGCGGAGAAGAACAGCUUAAAAUCCUAUUAGUAGAGUGAAGUGCUGUAUUUCUUUUUUUUCGUUGAUGGGCACUGCAAGUGGGGCAAUUGGGGCACCCAUCCGCCAUCCGGGCCCUGUCGAGUGUGAUCAACCACCGGAGGUUCUAAGCACGCUACCAAGCCGCAGACGUCUCUAAUGUCUGGUGGGCCUAACGGCAAGAAGAGUCUGCAUCAAAGCGAGAGAAGAAAAAUAAGUAUUUUUACGAUCAUUUGUGCGUCCAAGGGCCUAUGUGUUAUCUGAAAUAAAGAUUUCACAAGUGAAUUCGUAGCGAAAAAAAGUGCAAGAAGGAAAUAGGUAUACUGCUCAAAUCAAAAUAGUUAUCAUAAUAUUAAAUAUUAAUAAAGAGCAGAACAAGUGAACAUUAAACAGGAACCUAUCGUUGAGUGUGGGAGAAAGAAAUAUUCAGUGCAGAAGAAAAUUGUGCGAAGCUAUGAUUUCAUGGGUAUAAUUUUUGAUAAUAAAUUUUUAUUGCGAAAUAUUGUAUUGUUAUCAAGUUCGGAUCGCUCGGCUCAUGACUGCUGCGUGCUGUGAACGAAAAGAAAAAUAAAUAAAUAUACCGGGAGUAAACGAGCCAGCUCGGAAAAAAGGCAUAAAGCAAAUGAAGAGUUAAACAGAUUAAUUAUCGGGGCAAAUCAGAUUAGCGUUUACUGGCGGCGCUGUACGGCGAAAUUAACCAGGUUCGCUUCGGGAGCGGUGCUCUCGAUCGGUUACCCCAAGUGCGGAUUUCGACGCCGCGAAAAUUUCCGCCCUACUCGACACCCGCACGGUUCCACAAAAAUUCUGCAAACUGGAACCGUAUGACGUAAGCACGAUGUACGCGUAUGCGCAGGGUGGAUCGCAAGGUCCACCCCAUUACGCUACACCGAGCAAUGCGUACCUGCAGGCGACGCACCAUCCGGGCUACCACCAUCACCCAGGGUACCAUGCGGGUCCUUCAACGCCCCCGUCGACAAUCACCUCGUACAACAACGUACCGGGGCCAUCGUCCCUGCUGGGUCACCACCACUAUGCCUCACCGCAUCAUAUGCCACCUCCGCCUCCGCCGAUGCCAUCGGCGACGCACACCUCGGCAUCGGCGGCGGCGGCCGCCGCGGCAGCAGCAGCAGCAGCCGCCGCAGCUGCCGCGGUCGGAGUUAGCCCGAUGCAGACCGACCCGCUGCUGACGGAGAUGAACCCGCAGCUGGGGAUAACGAAGCGAAGAAGAUCUGAUGAGGAGAGUGCCAGUGGUAACAAAUACAACAGAAUGGAAGAGGACAACGUUCAAGACAAGGAGCGCUUUGCCAGUAGAGAAAACCACUGCGAGAUCGAGCGGCGGAGGCGAAACAAAAUGACCGCCUACAUCACGGAACUGUCGGACAUGGUCCCAACCUGUAGUGCCCUGGCCCGGAAGCCGGACAAGCUGACGAUUCUGCGGAUGGCGGUGGCGCACAUGAAGGCGUUAAGAGGAACCGGAAAUACCAAUACCGAUGGAUCCUAUAAACCUUCGUUUCUUACCGAUCAGGAGCUAAAGCACCUGAUUCUGGAAGCUGCAGAUGGAUUUCUAUUUGUGGCGAGCUGUGAUACGGGCCGUGUCAUUUACGUGUCCGAUUCGGUAACACCGGUGCUGAACUACUCCCAAAACGAGUGGUACAGUGGGAGCUUUUUCGACCACAUACAUCCGGACGACAUCGAAAAGGUGCGGGAGCAACUCUCGACGCAAGAACCGGCAAACAGCGGGCGGAUAUUGGAUCUCAAAACGGGCACCGUGAAAAAGGAAGGUCAUCAAUCAGCAUCAAUGAGAUUAUGUAUGGGAUCGAGGCGAGGUUUCAUCUGCCGGAUGCGAAUCGGUCCCGUGUCACCGGAGGCCAUGGCCUUGGGGCAUCUGAAUAGGUUACGAAGGAAAAACUCCCUAGGACCAUCACCCGAUGGGCAUAACUACGCAGUGAUGCACUGUACGGGCUACAUCAAGAACUGGCCACCGACUGAUAUGUUUCCAGGUGUAACGAUUGACCGAGGCCAAGACGACGACCUGCACAACACCCACUGCUGUUUGGUGGCGAUUGCGCGGCUACAGAUUACCUCCUCGACCACGGCCAACGACCUGAACGCCAAUAACCCGAACGAGUUUAUCACGCGGCACGCGAUGUGCGGGAAGUUCACCUUUGUGGAUCAGCGAGUGAUUGGAGUGCUCGGCUAUCAACCGGUGGACCUACUCAACAAAAGUUGCUACGAUUUCUUCCAUCCGGAUGACAUCGCGCAUAUGAAGGAAAAUUUUGAGCAAGUGCUAAAGCAGAAAGGUCAGAUGUUUUCGGUGAUGUACAGGUUCCGGGCGAAAAACAAGGAAUGGGUGUGGAUGCGAACGCAAGCCUAUGCCUUUCUGAAUCCGUACACGGAUGACAUCGAGUAUGUCGUGUGUACCAACAGUUCGGCAAAGUCCCUGCACUCCAGUCACGACGCCGUGGGUCCUACAGAUCCCGUUGAUGCUCCUGUUUCCUAUCAGGCUCCUGGUCUGGACUACUCGAUGCCAAGUAGACGCGAAACGACACCCUCUAGUAGUAUAUACAAUCCUCACAACUUGAUUUCACACUUGCCAUCUCAACCGCCAUCAGCGUCAGCCGCGGCCGCCGUGGUAGCUAAUGCCUCAAUCCAGCGGCCCGACAGUGCGCAUAACCCGGUGCAAUAUAGCUAUAAUCCAACGCCCUCUCCUAUUCAAUACGGUUCCCCUGGUACUCCAGGUGCUUCCGGUUCGCUGGGGCACAUUUCCAGAACAAACAACACCUCGCCAACGCCUGCUGCGACUGCCUGGUCGCUACGACAGCCUCAACCCGUUACCGAAGGUUACCAGUACAGUGAACUCAGCCCGAAUCGGUCCCCGACCGGGCCCACGUACACUCAGCUCAGUGCGACCGGAUCUCGCCAGACAUCGACGUACACGCCGUCCUCCGCACAACCUGGCUCCGCCAUCUGGAGCGGCUGGCAGGCUCACCACCCGCCCGCACCGGAACCGAUGCAGACCAGCAGCAGUAGUGGUGGAGGUGGUGGUCCAGUAGGAGGUGGUAGCAAUAGUAACAGUUCGGUCGGUACGGCGGCGGCACACAUCGGUCAGCCGCAGGACAUGCCUCCGGAGCACGCUCAACAUAUGCAGCAACAUCAUUCCGCCCUGCAGCAUGGCCACAGUCAACAACACCACGGCCAUCAUGCGGCUCAUCCGCAGCAUCAUCCACACCAUCCGCACCAUGCUUCUGGAGGUCAGCAUCAUCCGCACCAGGUGCACCACCCGGGGCACCAUCCCGGACAGCAUCCAGGUCAGGGACAUGAGCUGUCCGAUAUGCUGCAGAUGCUAGAUCAGAGCGGGGCAACCUCCUUCGAAGAUCUGAACAUUCACAUGUUCAACACACCGUUCGAAUGAAACUUGUUGUACUACGGUUAUAACAAUUAUAACCAAACGCCAGCCGCGGCAACAUCCUAUCAUGGCGGGGGUGGAGGCAGUAGUGGAUCGGGAAUCGGAGGGGGUAGUGGAAGUAGCAGUUUCAGUGCCCUGGCAAGUUUUGGGACUGGACUAGGGGGAGGAAUGACAAAUGGUAACAGUGUGGUCGCGACCGCUGCCUCCGGUGGAUUAGGCAGCUUCGGAGCUUACAUCAACGAUCAAAUGUAAAUAGAUAUCGUCGAUCGGAGCUUCUUUUCCCGGUCUAUCGAGUGUCUGCGCAUAUGGGAAAUAGAUGGCAAAGCAGCAGCUGGCAGAUGGUCAAAGUCUUGUAACUGUGCAUAAAGCAGACAUUUUAUAUCAAAGUACACGCUCAAUAGAUGUCACCCUUAUCAUCGAACUAUGUCACAAAUUUGUUAUUUAGUAUUUUCCGUGAAUGUCUCCAAGAGCCCGUUUGGCGCGCGAAUCGAAGAAUUAACCAUUUUGGAGACAUUUUUCCUAAUUUUUGUCUUAGGUAUUUGAGGUUAGAACUAAAAAAUCAAAAUCAACGAACAUGUUUAAGGCUAAAUAGAAAAACAAACGAAGAGUCAAAGCUGGCAUGAUAAAAACAACAUUUAACUUAGUGGUGAAUGAUGGAAAAGUUAGCUAUGAUUAGGCUUGUUGUACUUUAAGUAAGGCAUCAUUUUUUACAAGCAGCAAAUUACGCAUAUUAUCUGUAAAGAAAAGGCAGUGGCAAACAUUGUGUUCAGUUCCAAGCAAAGCUUAGGUCAACAACCGGCAGUAUCAUUUUAGCAAGCAAAAACUCUUCUCUAGGUUUUCCCUUUAAAAUUUGAAAAGCGAUCCAUUUUACUACCGAGUAAGUUUAUUUCAAUAAGUACUAAGCACUGGAGUUAAGUUAAUUACCAUUGUACUGCUGCAGUAACAGAUGUGCCCAUGUUUUAUAGACGAAGAAAACGAAGCAAUUUUUAUAGCUCGCAAGAAUAAUUAUUUCGUGUAUUAUUUUUGUUUAUCCGGACUAGGUAUAAAUGGUAAUAGUAGGAAUUCAAAAACAAAAGAGUCAGUUUCUUGCUACAUCAAUUUGCCGUUAAGCAAUUGAGUGAGAGUGGAACACAAAACCCAAAAGCUUCAACCAAUCGUGUGAACAAAAACUGUAAAAACGAACAAAAACUCCAUUUUCAUAAAACUAUAUCAUUAAUUAAAUAGACAAAUAUGUACGCAAAAAUUAAAAGAGAUGAUCGAUUUUUUGGAAACUAAUUAAAAGCUGCAUUCGUUAUCUAAAUAGUAAGAAAUGAUUAAUCUAUAAGCUAGCAGAGACAGAGGUCUAAAUGCUAUUGUAUAAGCUAAAUUUAAUUUGAUAUAAAAAUGGAUAUCGGUCUACAGAUGCGCAAAAAAAAAUUGAAAAUCUUAACUAUUUUAUUGGAAUUGAAGUGUAUUCUGUAGAUUCACUUUUUAAUUUAAUUUAGCAUAAAACGUGUAAAUUUAGACGCUGAAUGAUUCCUAAAUGAUUUUUUCCAACGCAUAGAACAUAGUUUAAAAUUUGACUUCCUCCACUUUGUAAACGCGACACGCAACCAACUACGCCAUCUGUUUUUUUUAAAUAUUUUUUUAAUUGUUUUAAUCAACUACCGUAAAUUCCUAAUUCGAAUGUUUUGUCCGUUCACGACAAGUCAGCAGCAACAGCAAUUAUAUUACUAUUAUUAAAGCAUUUAGUUAAGCCAACGCAAACGAAUAAUUUAUUUGUAAAGUAGAUAAAUUGAAACCUUAAUAAUUUUGUAAGCCUUUAGCCUCUGCGAGGCCAGAGAAAGAGUUGGUCAUUGUCUGUCCUGCUUUUCUCUGAUCUCCCGAGUAGGUUACUUCCUAAUAUGAACAUAUUUUUCCCGAAAAGCAAUUCAAGUCUUCAGUAAAAAAAAUGUUUUUGUCUAACAGAACGAAAAAGUUGCACAAGUGCGAGAAAGAGCGAGAUAUACAACAGCACAGGUUAAGGCUAGGCUCGCAACCCUAUUUCCAUGGUUGUUUCAAAUCGAACGUCACUGAACAACUAUCUUGAGGAGUGUUCGACAAUGUAAAAAGUAGAUUUCGAUCUAUCAAAACUUGAAUAGAUUGAAUGGAAAUUAAGCCUGUCAUCGCCUGCGAAUGAAAGUAAAGAAAUUUCAAAGAAAAACACAAUUAGCUAUUCAUUUGUAUAAAAGAAGAUUGUAUAAGCGAAAAUGUACUCUUUUUGAAAUAUGGAAAAAGAAGAAAAAAUAUCAGAAAUAAAACGAUAUAACGUUUAAUAAAAAUUA